UCACUUGUCUUCCCAAAUCGACGUUUCACCUGCGCAGGCAAAUCACAUGGCGUAACACAGACACAGAACGAAAACGAAGGUUGCGUUAGAUCCAAGGGACAAGGGGGGACCGACCCGUAUACACACACAGUGACGCCGAUAGAGAAAAACCGAGAGGGCACCAUUGAAAAGCAAACCUUCAUUCGAAACCACCGAAGCAAUCGUAUCAACCGCGACGGCCUGCCGAUCCAGCUGCCGCGACAUCCAGGAAGGAUUAUAUGGUGAGUGAGACGUUGCUUUGGUGAUUGGCGUGGAGUCACAGUGGGGAGCAAGAACGGAGUGGAUCGGAAUCGGAUGGACAAGAACAAGAGCCGUACCGAUCUGCUCUCAGCCGGACGAAAAAAGCUUCAACAGUUUCGCCAGAAAAAAGAUGGUAAAGGCAGUGGAAGUGGAAAAUCCACAAAGAAGUCUAGUAAAUCAGAGAAGCAUGAAGCUGAUGCUGAUGCAGUCUCUAGUGCAACUAAACCUACAGCGUUGACACAGGCCCCUGAAGGAGAAACUGAGUCUUGUGUAGAUGCUAAUCUGGAAAACAUCAACUCGUCAGGGUCACAUUCUGGGGAGAUUUCUACAGCUUCUGACAUUGAUGUUGCUUCUGCUGCUCCCUUGGCAGUUCCCAUUACACAUGAGGGAAAUGCAGUCGAAACUUUGAUUGACAAAAAUGCUGAGUUAGCAUCACAGGAGGUGGGAUUCAGUCAGCAUGAUGUUAACUUUUCCGCCACGAACGAGGGGGAGAGUACUGCAGGCACUGAUGCUGAGGAGGCAAGAGUUAGUUCAUUGGACACUUCACAUGUCAUGGAUUCCGGAGGGCUAGCCAAAGAUGCCAAUAUGUCUAUGCCGGUUGAUGUGUCCACUCAACCUACUUCAGUUGAUAAUAUUGAUCAAACAAGGGGUAGAGAUGAGGAGCCUUUGUCUUCGCAAGAGAGUAUUAAUACAUCCUUGGUGCAGGAGAGGGAAGAUCAGGUAACAGAUGUAGGGGCAAUGCAGGAAGCUGAUGGUUUGGAUGCAAAAAAUUGUGAUCGUAGGCAAGAAGCAGAAAUGGGGCUUAAAGGAGAUGACAAGAUUUCUUCAUCUGAGCUUGAUAAAAGUGUUGAAAGUUUCUCUAGCCAAGCACCUUCCAUAGAUGAGCAAACUGAUAAAGUGGAUGAAGCAUCUGAUCGAGAAGUGGAACUUGCAGGAGAUAGAAGUGUAGCUCUAUCUGAGAUUGAUAGAACUGCUGAAACUUUCCCUGAUCUCGAGUCCUCCAUGGGUGAACGGAUUGGCAAGGCAGAUGAAUCAUCUCUGUCAACUGGUGCAACCAUGUCUAAUGGACUUCCAGUAUCUGCUUUAGCUCUACCUGAGGCAGAUGGAUCUUUGGUUGUUAGUGCUGCUAUGGAUGACCGGCAGGAAACAGAAGAUGUUCCAGGCUCUUAUUUUGAAGCAAAGUCCGAGGUGCAAUUUGGAUCUGGUUUUGGGCAAGGCAGGGAAGAACAUAGGUCUCUUCUGGAGGAUCAUCAUCAGAAACAUCCAUUGGGUGGGCUUGAAAGUCCUCCAGGAACCAAUAUGGUGCUUCCAGAUAAAGGAUGGACUGCGUCUCCUGUUGCAGAUGCCAGCUCAAUCAGUCUCUCACAGCUCACAGAAGUAGUUAGGAGGCUUAGUGAAGAAGAGUUCAGGGUUCUUAUUAAGUCAGUUGAAUCAGUUUCUAGUGCUUCUCAGGGGACUACCAAUUUGAUUGUGUCAGAACAUGGAUUUCUGGAAUUGUUUGAGCAACUUAAAGAAGAAUUGGUUCUCACACAUUUGACAAAAGAUAUCAGUGACUUGCAGCUUGUGCAGCAGUCUGAGGUGCAAGUGGAGUUUGAUUGCCAACGUGAUCAGUUACUUGAUGAAACAUCUCUUCUUCGUGCUUCGCUAAAUGAAGUCCGUGAGAAGAACCAAUGCCUUGCUGAAGAGCUUGCAGGGUGCAGAUGUGAACUCCAGGCUGUUGCUAGUGGGAAGGAGGAGCUCCAAGACCAACUUCAAACUGCAAGGGCAGAGGUAGAAGAAUUUUCUGCUAGAGCAACUGAGUCGCAUAGCAGCCUGGAAAGGUCAAAGCAGGAUUUGUUGAUCCUGUCAGCUGAGUUAGCUGACUGCAAGUCUUUGGUGGCAGCUUUACAGGUGGAAAAUGAGAAAUUAAAUGGGAGUAUUACUUUGUGGGAUGAAGAUAGAAAGAAACUUGUGGAGCAAAAUGAUCGUUAUCUUCACGAGAAGGAGAAGCUUUCAGCAGAGUUAGUUGAUGGAAAAAGUUUUGUGGAAGCUCUACAGGAUCAAAUAUCCAGCUUAAGUGGGAGUCUGAGUUCUGUAACAGAAGAGAGAAAGAAGUAUGAGGAGGAGAAGGAGCAUCUUUCCUCUGAGAAUGACAAACUUGCUAUAGAAGUGGCUGACAGUAAGAACACAGUAUUGGCUUUGCAGGUAGAAAAUGGCAACUUGAAUGGAAUCCUUUCUAUGGUUACAGAGGAGAGUAAGAAGCUCGAGGAAGAGAAGAAUCAUCUUGUCUAUGAGAAUGAGAAACUUGCUAUAGAAUUGGCUGCCAGUAAGAAUUUAGUAUUGGAUUUGCAGGUAAAAAAUGAAAAAUUGAAUGGAAACCUUGUUUUGGUUACAGAGGAGAGAAACAAGCUCAAGGAGGAGAAGGAUUAUUCUGCCCACGAGAUUGAGAGAUUGUCUUCCGAAAUUCUUCUUGUUCAAGAGCGGUUAUCUGCCGAACAUGAAGAACAUAUGAGGUUUGUGGUUGACCAAAAAGAAACAACAACACGCCUUGAACAACUCUCUGAAGAAAAUAUCUUUCUUACUAGCAGUCUGGACACACUUAAAGCUAAGAUGAAAGAGGUUGAUACGAGUGGAAUCAAAAUUGCAUCCCAGGCUGGGGAAGGUGGGGAUCAAGUUGAACUUUCAGAAGUGCAGAGCAGGAGGCAUGAAAUUGAAAAUGAAAAAUAUCACCAAGUUCCUGGGAUGGAAGAUAGUGAAGGCUCCUUUAUUAUGGUGGAAAAACCUUCAUCUGAUGGCAGUGGAGGUUCACCAGUUCUGAGUCUUGGGAGGGAAGUUUUUGAUGAUUCCGUUGGGUUUGUAGCACUAAAGGGACGCGUGGAAGAGGCAGAGAAAAUGAUGAACAAACUUGUACAGGAAAUUGAAGGCAUCUGCUCUCGUUCAGAAUUGUUGAAUAGGUCAGGUGAUAAAGUCUCCACUCCUCCAGUCUCAAAACUGAUUCAAGCCUUCGAGUCAAAGGUGCACCUUGAUGAACAUGAUGUGGAGGAACGAGGUCUAACUGACAAUCAAUCACCAGCAGACUCAAUUGCGUCAGUAAGAGAGCAAACUGGAAACUUGAGAGCAUUAUUUGAGCAGUUGCUUCUGGAUACUGCAAAUGCCAGUGAACUGCUCAAGGAGGAACGAGGUGGUAGGAAAACUGCUAAUGCUACAUUCGGAGAGAUGAAGGAUCAGUAUGAAGACUUGGAGGAACAUAACAAGAAAUUGGAAGCUACCAAUAUUGAACUUUGUGUCCUAUAUGAAGCUUUAGAACAACAUAGGGGCAGCAUUGAAACAAGAAACAGUGAGCUUUUGGUUCUCUGUGAGUCCUUAAGACUACAAGUUACUAAUCUCGAAGCUGAAAACUUGGAAGUUGGAAGAAAGCUACAUAGAUAUGAAUUAAGAAUUAAUCAAUUGCAGAGUCGAUUGCAUGAUUUACAUCUGAGUUCAAAUGACAUGGUAUCUCAGAUCUCUGAUCAGUUAGAAAAUUUUCACAAGGAAGCGGCAGAGAGGAUUUUGAUACUUGAGCAGCAUUGGAAUUCCACUCUCGUUCCGGUUGUUGAAGCGAUUGGAAAGCUUGGUGAGUCUAUUGGGGGUUUCAGCACAACUACACCAAUGUCUCAUGAUUGUUUGGACACAAGUCAUUUCGUUGCUUCUGUUUAUGAUGCCAUCACUGUUAUUGAAGAUUUGAAGGAGAAACUUAAAAGCUCUCAAACAGACCAUGAGGCUUUAUGUAUUUUACAUAAAGAAGUGAAUGAGAAAUGUGACGAUCUCCAUGUAAAGAAUGAAUUGGCCAGUGAUAUGCUGCACAAGUUGUACGGCAACCUUAGCAAACUUCUUAGAGUUUUGCAUGGGUCUAUGGAUGAAAGUGAGACGAACCUGAAAAAUGAAAAGCUUCCUCAUCCUCUGGAUUAUAGUAUUUAUGAAACCAUCAUAGAACAGCUGGAGAAUUUUCUGAGCGAGGGACUGCAACUCCAAUCUGUUAACAAGAAGCUAAAUUCAGAGUUAAUGGUUAGAACAGAAGAAUUUGAGGAAUUGAAACAAAGAUGCCUGGAUUCAAGUGCUAUUCAGAAGUUAAUAGAAGAUAUUGAAGGUGUGCUAGAAGUGGAAAAUGCUGAGUUUCAAGCAGAUAAAAUGCUUGCUUCACGCUUGGAAUCAUUGGUAUCGUGUCUUGUUCAGAAGUACAAGGAUGCUGAUGCUCAGGUAGGCUUAUCUAAAGAAGGUUUUCAAUCCAAGGUGAUGGAAUCUACUUCAAUGCAGGAAGAAAUACAGCAGUUAAAUGCCUCGUGUUUUCAGCUUGAAAGUGAAACCAUUGUUCUCAGGGAAAGUUUACGUCAGGUUGAGGAAGCCCUUCUUGUUACUCGUUCUGAGUUACAAGAGAAACUAUAUGAACUUGAACAAUCGGAGCAGCGAGUGUCUUCCCUGAGAGAGAAGCUUGGCAUUGCUGUCUCCAAGGGGAAGGGCUUGAUUGUCCAGCGAGAUGGUCUCAAGCAGUCUCUUGCAGAGAAAUCUAGUGAACUGGAAAGAUUCUUACAGGAGCUGCAAUUCAAAGAUUCCAGGCUUGUUGAGGUUGAAACCAAGCUCAAGGCAUAUUCAGAAGCUGGUGAGCGUGUGGAAGCUCUGGAAUCUGAGCUUUCAUACAUUCGCAAUUCUGCUACUGCAUUAAGAGAAUCAUUCCUUCUCAAAGACUCUGUCCUUCAGAGAAUAGAAGAGAUUUUAGAAGACCUUGAUCUGCCAGAGCAAUUUCAUUCGAGAGAGAUUAUUGAAAAGAUCGAUUGGCUGGCCAGGUCAGUUACUGGUAACACUUUUCCUCAGACAGAUUCAGAUCAGAAGAGUUCUGCUGGAGGAGGUUCAUCUGAUGCUGGUUUUGUUGUUAUGGAUUCCUGGAAAGAUGAUGUACAGCCAAGUUCAGAUUCCAGUGAUGAUUUCAAAAGAAAAUAUGAUGAACUUCAAAGUAAGUUCUAUGGGUUGGCUGAACAGAAUGAAAUGUUAGAGCAAUCUUUAAUGGAAAGGAACAACUUAGUCCAGAGCUGGGAGGAACUUUUAGACAGGAUUGAUAUGCCAUUGCAUCUGCGGUCCUUGGAGCCGGAGGAUAGGAUUGAGUGGUUAAGAAAAGAACUUUCGGAGGUGCAGGGUGAUAAUAUGUCUCUCCAGCAGAAGGUUGUUAACCUUGAGAGCCAUUGUGUAACGCUAACUGCUGAUUUGGAAGACUCAAGAAGGAGAACAUCUGACCUUGAGGAAGACCUUCAAACAUUUAUUGAUGAGAGAAAUAAUCUUUCUCAAAGAUUGGAGCUUCUGAUCAAUGAUCAUGAUAAACUUUCAGCCAAGGCAGCUGGGUUUGAGCUUGAGAAUGAAAAACUGCAGGAGGAAGUUUCUGAUUUGCAGGAGAACGUAGCCAAGCUGUGUGGGAUUGAGAAGCAAAUUCUCAGCUUAGAAGAUGACAUAAGAAGAUUGCAGGGUCUGGUUACUGAUGCAUUACAGGAUCCUGGAACAAAUUCAGAGUAUUCUGGUGAAAGCAGCAUUGAGUGCUUCAAAGGGUUACUGAAUAAGCUUUUAGAGAAUUAUGCAACUCUUUCCUCAGAAAAACCAGUGUUUGGGGUUGCAGCCGAUGGUAUUCAUACUGAGAAUUCUGAAGCAAUGGUUGUUGAAGCGAGAAGCGCAAGUACACCUGAUACUGCUGAAUCAGAUACAGUUGCUUUGAUGAAAGAGUUGGAGGAGGUUCAACGUGAAAUUUUGGACAUGAAGGAGGAGAGAGAUGGAUAUGUGGAGAAGCAACGGUCUUUGGCUUGUGAGUUAGAAGUGCUAGAUAAAAAAGUGAAUGAGUUGCAAGGGCUUCUUAAUCAGGAGGAGCAGAAGUCAGCUUCUGUUAGAGAGAAGUUAAACGUUGCAGUUAGAAAAGGAAAGCAAUUGGUGCAACAGCGUGACAGUCUGAAACAAAAUAUUGAUGAGAUCAAUUCUGAGGUGGAACGCUUGAGAUCUGAGACCAAGAUAGGCGAAGGUAAACUGGCAGAAUAUGAAAGAAAGUUCAGGGAUUUGUCUUCUUAUCCAGGGAGAGUAGAAGCCCUAGAGUCUGAGAGUUUAUUCUUGCGGAAUUGUUUGAAAGAAGCUGAGAACAAUUUGCAGGAGAAAGGAAAUACUUUGAGCUUAAUCAUUAAUAUUCUAGGAAACAUUGACGUUGCAGAGGAUGAUAAUUCUGGUGAUCCAGUUGUUAAGUUAGAACAAAUCGGGAAAAUGUGCUGUGAUUUGCGUGCGAAUAUGGCUUCUUCAGAACAAGAAGCUAGGAAAUCAAAAAGAGCAUCAGAGCUACUCCUUGCAGAACUGAAUGAGGUUCAAGAGAGAAAUGAUGGUCUCCAGGAAGAACUAGCAAAAUCUGCAAGUGAACUUGCUAUACUCUCCAAGGAAAGGGAUCUUGCAGAGGCCGCCAAGCUCGAAGCUCUUUCACGUCUUGAAAUGGUUUCUACUGCUCACUUUGAGGAAAGAAAACACAAAUUUUCUGAAUUUUCAGGACUAAAGUCUGGUGUAGAUCAACUUAGGAAGGGGUUUCAUGAUGUUAGUAGUUUAUUGGCUGGUAUUUUUCACCAGGACUUGGUAUUUUUGCACAACCUGGAGUCUGGUAUUGAUUCCUGCCUCAAAUCAAGCAGUGCUACCGAUGUGGUUGAUGUGCCCCUUUUCACUACAAGCAGUGGAUUCAUCACGAGCAAGUCAGACAAGGAGAACUUUGUUUCGACAAAUUCUUGGUCAGACUCCAACAUGCAUGGCCAAUUUGAUGACAGUUUUAUAAUUGAAAUCUUUACUUAUGUAAGGCAUUAUCUGCAAGAACUGGUGAUGGAGAUUGGUGUGCUUAAAGAAAAAUUAGAUGAACACUCAAUUUCAUUACAUGAAAAAGCUAGCAGUGUAUCUAAAUCAAUGGCAAUUGUUCGUGGAGAAUUAACUUCCAAAAAUGAGUCAUUUGAAGCCUUGAAGGGAGACUUGUUGCAUGUGGAAAGGGUUGAAAAGGAAAAGGACAAUGAGCUUCUUUUCUUGCGCCGAAAUAUUGCCUUGCUUUUUGAAGCAUGCACUAGUUCAGUUAUGGAAAUGGGCAGAAGAAAAGCUGAAUUGGUUGGAAAUGGUUGGUCUGCUGGAGAACAAGGGAUGAGAUUGAAAUUAGCAAAUUAUUCUGAGGAUGGACUUUCAUUUAGUGGAGAAGACCAGUUUCGCUCUGAGGAAUGUGUCAGGAGUGUGACAGACAGGCUAUUGUCAACUGUGAGUGAUUUUGGUUCUCUGACAACGGAAAUUGUGGAAGGUAGCCAAAAGGAGUUGAAGAUUACCAUUUCAAAGUUGCAGAAAGAGCUUCAGGAGAAGGACAUUGAAAAGGAAAGGAUUUGCAUGGAGUUUGUAAGUCAAAUCAAGCAAGCUGAAUUAGCUGCAACAAGUUACUCAACAGAUCUUCAAUCUUCAAAAUCUUUGGUGCAUGAUUUGGAGAAACGGAUAGAAGUGAUGAAGGGUGAACGUAACUUAUUGGAGCAGAGAGUGAAUGAAUUAGAAGAUGGCCGUGCUACUUCUACCGAGUUACAAGAGAGGGUCAGAUCACUGACUGAUGUGAUUGCUGCUAAAGAUCAAGAAAUUGAGGACCUAAUGCAAGCACUUGAUGAGGAGGAGGUGCAGAUGCAAGGUCGCACUUCCAGGAUUAAGGAAAUGGAAAAGGUUGUGGAACAAAAGAACCUAGAUUUGGAGAACCUUGAAACUUCCCGCGGGAAGGUUAUGAAAAGGCUUUCCAUCACUGUGAGUAAGUUUGAUGAACUACAUCAUCUGUCUGCAAGCCUCCUUGGUGAGGUGGAAAAGCUCCAAUCACAGUUGCAAGAACGGGAUGAUGAGAUAUCCUUCUUAAGGCAAGAGGUCACUAGGUGCACGAAUGAUGUUCUUGUUGCAUCACAAACCAGCAACAAGAGAAGUUCAGAAGAGAUCCAUGAGUUAUUAACAUGGUUUGACAUGAAUAUUGCUCGGGUUGGGCUGCACAAUGGGGAUCAGAACAGUGAUCAAGUUUCUGACUACAAGGAAAUAUUCAAGAAAAAGAUUGAUUCAGUUAUUUCAGAAUUGGGGGAUCUACGAACUGUGGCUCAAAGCAAGGAUACACUGUUGCAAGCAGAAAGGAGUAAGGUAGAAGAAUUAACACGCAAAGGAGAAACUCUUGAGAAGUCUUUACAUGAGAAGGAAUCACGGCUAAAUUUGCUUGACAGUGUGGAAGAUUCUGGUCGGGGAACUAGCAGCACCUCUGAAAUUGUUGAGGUCGAGCCUGCGAAAAACAACUGGGUGAAAGCUGGGACCUCCAUUGCACCUCAAGUCCGUAGUUUGCGCAAGGGCAAUAAUGACCAAGUUGCAAUUGCCAUAGAUAUGGAUUCUGGGAGCAGUAGUAGGUUGGAAGAUGAAGAGGACGAUAAAGUUCAUGGUUUCAAGUCACUCACGACUUCAAGAAUUGUUCCAAGAUUUACUAGACCCGUGGCUAACAUGGUUGAUGGCCUUUGGGUAUCUUGUGAUCGGACUCUAAUGCGGAAGCCUGUUUUACGUCUUGGCAUUAUAUUAUAUUGGGCUGUACUGCAUGCGCUUCUUGCAACUUUUGCAAUUUGAAAAGCCAGAAGCGGUUAGAAGGAUUCUCUUGAAAAGCCAGAAGUGGUUCACAUUUUGAAGGGCUUGGAGUCCUUGUGUCCCGACGAUGGUAAUGCUUUAUGGGGUAUUAAGCUGGAAGUUUAAAUCUGCUAUUUAUUUUCUCCUCCGUAGAUGCGAUUAGAUCCAUUGAUUAUUUUCCACAACCGAGCGAUUCCGAUUCGCAGUUUUUAUACGAAUGAAUCUGAGAAGCUUGGUUGCAUCCUAAUAAGAAAAGAAAGUUCGAUGAUAGGGAAACAAACAUAGUUCAUUUGUUUUCUUAAUACCCAACCACAAAAGGUUGUACAUCGUAGCUGCUACUACAAUAGGGUUCUCUCUAUAUAAUUGGAGAGAAUUUAGCUGUGUAACAAAAUGCUCCAACCUAGUACUUUGUCAUGACGAUAUUGUCGUGUAAUGUAAAUUUUCAGGCAUAUAUUAAUGCUUUUGUUCUUUAA